AUGUGUAAGGGUCAACCAAUCAUUGCAGAUGACUCAAGGCUCAAAACUGACGAACACAUAUUCAAUGGAUGCCAAGGGUUUCCUAUAGCUCAAGAACGCGACAAAGACGGUGAUCCAAAGUUUUGGGUAACGUACGACAGGGUUUCGGCGGAGUACGGUGAUGACUUCCUCACGUGGGCAAAUGAUGAUAUGGAUUAUCUUGACGUUUGCGAGUGUCUGGAUACAAACGCCAGCCUCGCAUUUAACGUCUUGGGAAAGCAAUGGCUUAACUCUACGGGGGGGGAGGGGGGGUCUCUAGAGGAGCGCUGCAUACAGAGACAGAUGUAA